AUCCCUAUUUUUGUAUGCACUUUCCCCCAACCAAAACUGAAACCUCUAACGGCUAGCUCUACACUCCUCCGAAACACUGGGUUUUAAAUGGAAGCCGAGAGAGAGCAAUCAUGGAGAAUCCGCAUUACCGCAAGAGCCAACACUUUCAACUUUAGACUCAGAUUCGUGGCUGCAACCUACCCACUCACUUGGAAACUCUCCUUCUUCCGCUUCUCCAUUCUCCUCAAGCUUCAUAAAUCCGUCUUCAGAAUCAGUUCAGAGCCCAAACAGAGAAGAGGUUCCAUCACCUCCAAAUUCAUGAAAAUCAUCCGCAAAUUCAGACCUCGAUUGCCCAAAACACGACCCAACGUUGCUUCAGAUUCAAUAUCAAAUCUUUCAUAUCCAAAGGAUGCAAUUCAUUUUGGUUUCUGGGUUGUGGGUUUUCUGGCAUUUCUGGCUCAGUCUAUCAGCAAGAGAGAUCAGAAGAGGAUUUUGAUGGUUGCUUCAGUGGGGUUUUGUGUUGCUUCUCUUCUGUUCAAGAAAUUCAAUAUAGCAAAGGUUACUAAAUUAGCAGCAUUGCUUUUAGUGGCGGUGGCAAUAGUAGUUUUAGUUUAUGAUCUGUUUUCUUAUUUUGAUUAUAAUUAUUGGGAUUACUUGGGAAGGUAUGCAUGGAAUAAAAUAGGUAAAUCUCUAGUAUAUAGGUGUUCACUUUGAUUCAUUCACAGAUUUGUUGGUCUCUUCAUAGAUCAUGGAUUUUAAAUUUUCUCUUUUUA